CAGCACCGCGCUAAACGUCAGCGAGUCCAGAUAUUCUAUAGGAAGAGGUUGUGUGUCAUUCAUGCCGGUCUCCUGAAGGGGGGUUUAAUCGGGCGCAGGAGAUGGCAAACUCCUCCUGAUGGUUUCAGUGGGACUUCUGGGUUUCCAGUUUCCAUUUCAGUACUGGAACGGGAUUUACUUGAAACCUCCAUCGGUUUCUCUGGGAUAUUAUCGCCGUCAGGGAUUAUUUUAAAGCGGAAUGAUGGCUCUGCGUUUCCUCUCCGCGCUGUGCGUGUGGACGGCUUUGCUGCAUCCCUCGCUCGGCACCGGGUUUAUUUAUCGCUUCCCGGGGAUCACCCUGCAGCGGCAGCGCAUCCACCCCGAACAGAACACCAAUGCGGGUCCGCCGAGAUCCGGCUCCUCACUAGUUAGGAACUGGUGUCAGUUCACUGUUUCCAGGACAGUGCCUUGCAAAGUGCACAAUGGGACUGAAACCACGGUGCAGAGGGUGAUGCCGGCCUGCCGAUGGCCUGGACCGUGCACCAAAGGCAUCAGCUACCGAACCGUUAUCAAGCCAUCGUUUAGGAUUACUUACAAACAAAUCACCGCCCUGGAGUGGAGGUGCUGCCCUGGGUUCGUGGGGGUGGAGUGUCGUGAAGAAUGCAUGAACUGCACCAGUUUCAACGACAUGAACAGCAGAAUAAAUGCCAUUGAAUCAAAGAUCAAACUGUUAGAGGAGGGCGGAUCCACUCAUCCUAAAGUCAAAUUAGCCGACGGCUCAACAGGAAACGAGGUGGACACUCGUGGACCCACUCCACCGCCGUACCUGCCACCAGUACCAGGAGCCAGAGGGCCGCCAGGACCUGCUGGACCUCCCGGGCCUGCUGGACCACAAGGGAUUCCAGGUCCUCCUGGAAGAACAGGAGAAAAGGGCGACAGAGGUCUCCCAGGAGAGAUGGGCCGCCCCGGUCCUCCGGGUCUUCCUGGUCCACCAGUUCCUCCAAGCUCAGGUUCCUUUCCUUUACCCAUUCGGGGAGACGUUUUCCAUCCAGAUGGGGACCUGAACCAUCCGGUCCUUGACGCUCCUAUGACCAGAGUUGGUCCUCCCGGUCCAGCUGGUCCUGCCGGCCCCUCGGGAGUCCCUGGAGAAAGAGGACCUGCAGGGAUACCAGGCCUUCCAGGACAGGACGGUAAGGAAGGUGUCCCAGGCAGAGCGGGCAUUCCAGGGCCUAGAGGAGAUCCAGGGGAAAGGGGACCUCCGGGUGCCAGAGGCGAGCAUGGCCUACCUGGAACACCAGGGCCAAAAGGAGAGCCAGGAGUGGGCUUGAAUGAGGGUGAAGCCGUGCAGCAGCUCCGGGAGGCCCUGAAGAUUCUGGCUGAGAGGGUUCUGAUCCUGGAGCACAUGAUUGGAAUUCACGAGAACUCGGAGGGAUCUGCGUUCGGCAGCAUUUCAGACCCGCUGAGUUUCUUCGGCCAGAAGACGAAGCGUCGCCAACCCGUUCAAACCUUUCCUCAGACUCCAGUGCUGAACGGGAGACAGAGACGGGUCCCUCUUUAAUGUUACAAUAUCAUCUUUCCUUUGUGUGAAUAAUUGUAAGGGAAUGUUGCCAAUUUUUUUUUAUAACUGAACGUACAUUUUUUUGUUCCUCAUAUCUGUGUUUAUCAGAUUUAUUGUUGUUUUUCUUUCCUGUUUGACAUGAAUAAGUCCUGGUAUAAAAGCUCUUUGUAGAAGAGAGAUGUUGAAUAUUUCCCUCAACAUCAAAUGAUUUAUUCACCUUUAUCACCCUGCUGCUGCCUCACACAGAAACGUUUCAUAACCCGAUGGAGGUUUUGGCAUCUUUCCUUCAUCAGAUAAAAGACUGAUCAGUAGAUUUAUCUCUUUCAUGGGAAAGCUUUUCCUUCUUGAAAGACGGACAUAAAAGACUUUUUCGUGAUCCGAAAAUCUCCCUCUCUUGUGUUUUGGUUUGUUUUAACGGUGUUGUAGAGGCUCCUAAGAAUAUCAGCCUAAGCAAAGAUCUGGAAGUUAGAAGAAAAUAAAUCUUGAAUUUCAGGCCAAAACCUCAGCUUGGCCCCUGAUGCACCUGGACGCUAAUAGAGCUGCAAACUUGACAGGACGUCAUCGACUUGUUCAAUAAACUGCCUCUGAGAUUUCUGUUUAAACCGAUUUAUUGUGUGAUAAGUCUCUGAGAGACCCAGCUGUAGGUUUCUGAAUAAAAAAAACAACACUGUUUCUGGAGUGAUCUUUGUUUUCUGCAUUACUGAGUUCAUAUGAGGAAACCUUUUGGGGUUUUAAGCAAACGCGCUUUCUUCUGCUGGGAGCUGCAGGGAGGAUCGAUGCAGCUCUCGUGUGUUUGCUGAAUAUGAAACAUGAAUAUGAAGCACUUCGUCUCAACCAAAGUCGAGACGAAAUGCAGCUCUGGUGAUAACGAUGUUGACCACAGAUCAAGAUAUCGAAACCCAAACUAUAAACUGAGGAGUGGGUAAAUUGCUUUUGUCAGAACCCAGUUCAGAGUUUAGUAUUUGAUUUACUGCACUACAAAAAAGAACUCCAUACAAUAAAAUAAAUCAAAGCCUUUCUGACACCAGAAGGAGUUUCUAUUGGCUGUUAUCGGCUGCCUACUGUCCUCAAAUUGUUAAUUAAAGUUCAGAAAGGCAGAAAUAGCUGCUUUGGGUUAUUUUUUUACUCCACAUUUCAGUCAUGCUGCUUUCUGGGAACAGCUAAAGGGAUAGUUCAGAUCAUUUUGGAAUGGCACCUUUACCUUCUGAAAACAUGUCAUGUUGUGAGUUUGUAUCUAAAAUAAAGAGUGCCUCCCCUCUGGGCAAAAG